CAAUCUUAUUAAGAUUUUCUUUUCAAUUCUCCUGGGUGAUUUCUGAGCUGAACGCCUAAUGGAAAACGCUUCUGGUCUCUCCGAGGCCCAAGCCGUGCUGCUGGCGGCACAUCUGGCUUCUGAAUCCGAAGUGACCUCAUUUUGGGCUUUAGCAAACUCACAUUCCCAGUUUCUUCCCAAGGAGCUGUUAUUGCGAUUACUUUUAACAUAUCUUCCGGAAAGCACGAGCCCAUCUAAUUUCUGCUGGCUUAUACAGCGUCUCGUCACGGAAGAAGUUGAUUCCAGCUCUGAGGGCUCUUUCGAUGCCACGCCCGUCAAAGGAUUGACCGAGAGCCAGUCGCGAAAACGAGUCCAACGCCUCCAGCUUCUUCCACUUGCUUGUCCGUCAUACGCCUUAGAUGAUUCGGUAGAUCUCAUAACUCGAUUUCUGAUAUGUCGUAUUCAUCGAAUUGACUCCGAGACCGGUCUCCUCGCGCAAGUGCCGCAACUCCUCGAACCAUUUCUACACCAUUCGGACGAAUUACGAUGCUGGUUUAUUUCACGCGUCCUACCCCUACUACGACUCAGUUACGAAUACUAUCCAGAAUCUUAUACGGUAUUCUCUCUCUCCGAAUUUGAGAAGUUAUCCGGAGAAACUGCGGUCCAUAAUCUCUUGUCUAAAUGCGGCGAGACUGGGGCCCACGAGAACAUAGGGAGGGACCUGAGAAACUUAGUAGGCCCUUGGAUGUAUGGGAGUGGAAAGAAUAAGCGGCGGAAGCUGAAUGCUGAGCAUCACGAGGACAAGAACAAUGGUCGUCCUUAUGAACCUUUGAAUGACGCAGACGGUGCUGAGUGGAAAUUUGUCUUUGAAUGGCUCCUGUCAACGGCGAGGACGACAUUCAGCCUCGCUGUCGACGCAGUUCAAGGCUGGGAUGGGCCCGGAGAUGUCGACUGCGGUGGCUACAAUGAAGGUCUGGGCUAUCUGGAUGAAAGUGUUCAACAAUCUCUAGAACUGCAGUAUGCGCAAACCGCGCUAGCAUCAGUUUACGCCACUGAUGAAGCUUCGCCCGCAGCUUUGGAAGGAGCCUAUCAUAUUUUAGUCCGAAUAACGGAGCUCAUGCAGCUGGAUGUGCCUCCGGAAGUAUUUUCGCCUCAUAGCAGUCUUUCAAGAUUCGGGGAUUUGGCGGGGAGCAUCAGAGACUGGUCUACCAUGUUACUGCUGCAGAAUGCCUUACUCCAGCCUAAGAACCCUCUGACAACUCCAGAAAAGAACUCAAUCAAGUUCAUGGAGGCCGUGCUGUCUUCUGCAAAUAUACUCACAAAGCUUGGCGAGACUCUCUCCUUGCGAGCAAUUGCGGAGCUGAUCCUUUCAAAGAGCAAAGAUCAGCAAAAGAAAAAGCUCCAGAAAGUUUUACAUAAUCUUUCAGCUGGGCCAAAAAGAGACGAGGGAGAAUGGGCUCAGAUUGUUCAGGACCUCCGCUGGCUAUGGGGUUGGGGCACAGAGGACGCGUCUCAGGCUGGGUAUCCUGGUCAAGGAGUAUUUGGAAAUGUCGAGAUCAAUUUCCUAGAAAGAGAGAUCUUGAAGCUUCUUAUAUCAAAGAAUUGUAAUGAGCUUGUUGUAAAAGCAUACAUCACGGAUUCUGCGCAAAGGUUGACAAAGGAUGAAGUCGAGAAAGUCAUACUUGACAGUGUCUUAAAUGCGUACGACAAUGCUAGCAAUGGAAAUCGCACGCGCGGCGGGAUUAAAAAGGCUUCUGACAUAAUUCGCGCCUUUCAGGGCUAUUUCCCCAGUUCCAGUGGUUUCCGCCAUGCGAAUGCCCUAAUCGCUGCUACCCAUUCAUUGUCAUUCUAUUCUCUCACCCUACAACACGGCGUUCCAUUUCAGCCAGUGGCUAUCCGAGUCCAACAAGACCCUCUGACACUGAUUAAUAAAGUGUUGGAUCAAAACCCAAAAAGCUAUACGAAUUUAGAUGAUCUCCUUGAGAUUAGUCGCAAUUUCGUGGCCGCAGGCAUAAUCAAAGAUGGCAAUACAAUAGCCGACUCGGCCCCUUCAGGUCAUUCUACCAAGCAGCAGACCCACAAUGUGGAAAGGCGUGUAAUCGGAAUGGCCAUUGAAGCUGCUCUUACGGAAGAUGAUUUUGAGACGGCAUACUCUUACGUCAUAACUCGUCUCAAUCCGUUCUCGCGGCCUGCAGCUGGUACCACCGGGGACAAAGAGAUUAACGAGAGCGAUAGCAUUUCGUGGCGAGCUGCUUUCCAGGCGGGACGGUAUAGGCCGGGUCGGUCAAGUGCUGGCCCUGAAGAACUUCGCAAUCUCGAGCAACGAAUGGAACUGCUCUCGCAGGCACUCAUGCUGGCUCCGCCAGCUGCGCUUUCCGAAAUCCUCGGCGUCUGGCGCCGCUGUGAAGAAGAGCUCACCAUGCUCCUAGCGCAAGAAAGCGAGGAAGAAACUCGUUGGGAUGACCGCGGCGACGGCAAAGUACCCGGUGGGUUCAUAGAGUCUUCCGGUGUCACGCGCACGAAUAGAACCACCGCUGCCACUCGCCGCAUCAACGACGAAGCACCAAUGGGAUUAUUCGACGUUGCAAAGGGUGCUGCUGCAGCCCUGAGUCGGUCGGCCUUUCCACUCCGCGGUGCCGGUGCCGGUGCCAUGGCCGCGGCCUCCACCGCAACACCUCGCGAGUCUUCUCAUUCCAGAGAUCUCAGUGCAAGCAUGAUCAGCAAUGCCGACAGCGAUUCGGUAAGCUUAGCCGGCAGCGAGCGCGAGAAGAGGAUCCGAAAGAGAGAUGUGGUCAGCAACAUGGUUACUGGCGGACUGGCAUCAGGAAUCGGCUGGGUUUUGGGCGCCACGCCCGUAAAUCCGCAAGAACAGCAUCAUAGUCCUGAAAAGGAAUAGACUCCGAGAAAACCAUUAUACCUGGCUCCUUGCUGUCGCCUACUCCUUCAUCACACUUCUCCUUGUCUCAUCCUGCCCAACUCACCCAGGGCCAAUUUUCGUCUAUGCAACUGAGAUAGUUGCUCUUCUCAUCUGCUUCACCUGUCACACGGAGCAGCAAAAUAGCCUCCCACUACAUUAUUCCUUGCAUCUCAACCAUGUCUCCUGAAACCAAGGACACACAUACUUCCCCCAUUUAUCCCGCCAAAAAGGUUACUCGCAUCAAACGUAUUAUUAUCACUUUGAUUUUUUAACUCUCAUGAUACCACCAAAAUUCUUUCUUUUCAUCCUUGAUGUCCUCAAAUAUAUAUAUAGCGAGCUAUCCCAUUCACCCCUAAUUCUACAUGUAGUUACGCAUAGCUUUAUCUAUCAUCACUCAGCUUCUCCAG